AUGUUCGCUCUUAGGAAUUCAGUGCGCCAAAUGCACCAGUGGGCACAGGUUCGUUCCGUGUCGACCUUGGAAGGCAAUCCUCACAUAUACGUAUUCCCCAAGAAUGGCACCAACAUACUGUCCUUGCUUCCUUCCGAGCCAACCAACCCCGACCUGGCCAUCGGUGUCUCAUCCAAACUACCUCCGACGCCAGACUCGUUUAAAGAGAACCCCAAGUUCCUAGAGACUUUGCAAGAUGUCAUGACUGAGCACGGUCACAAAGACCCCGACGCUAUAUCGCAAGCACAGGUCAUGGUGUCUACGUCAGGAGCUAAUUUGAGCACCGGCGGGGUGCUUUUGACCGGGGGACGUACGAGGAAACGCCGCAGCGAGGGCGAUUCCAGCGGCGGAGCCAGUGGCCAAGGCGGCGCUGGCUCCGCUGGGAGAGGUGGUUGGAUUCAUCUUUCGGAUAACCGACGGCCACCUGAGUAUGGCCGUAUAGCUUGGUAUGGAUGGCCCGAAGAUAUCUUUGGGAGCUUGGAAGUCGACGGCGAAGGAAACUUCGUGGGUGGGAACGGUAACUACCAGUCGAGCGGGACGUAUCGCGUGGUGACUCGGGAUGGAAUUCUGGGGCUGAGCCCAUUUUUGCGGGAAAAGCUGGUGCAAAAGCUGCGCCAGCAGGAGACGGGAUCAUUUUCCGUCGGUAGUGACCAUGUACAAUAG